CCGUAUUGGCGUUGAUAAUAUCAUAAACUCACAUCCCCCACGACCACUUUUAGCAACAAAUCCUGGCUGGUUAGGUACGAUUGAUAACUUCAUCUCUAAAGUAGGAUCAAACCGUUUUUGGGACAAACAAAAAAUUACUCAAUUAAUAGAUCCAAGUGAUCAAAACUUUUUAGAGAAUAUCUAUCUCCCCAAAAAUGAAUCAAAAGAUACUUUAGUUUGGAAUUACAAUACUAAUGGAGAUUACACGGUCCGUUCGGGAUACUGGUUUUUAACUCAUGAUCCCAUUGCUACACAAAGUAAACCACCUAUCCCUCAUGGUUCAGUUGAUCUCAAGAACAAGAUCUGGAAAAUACAAAUAAUUCCAAAAAUCAAACAUAUGCUUUGGAGAGUUGUAUCGCAAGCUAUCCCCACCUGUUCACGGUUGAUUACCAGAGGUAUGCGCAUUGAGUCUCAUUGUCCAAGAUGUCCCACAGCGGAGGAAACAAUAAAUCACGUACUCUUCCAAUGCCCUUUUGCAAAAAUGGUUUGGCAAUUAUCCAAUACACCGAUAUUACAAACUCAUCGUUUCGAUGAUGAUACAGAGGAUAAUGUUAGUCAUAUCAUUAAUUCUUAUCAAAACAAGAACCUCACUUUAAGCCAAAAAUUGGUCCCAAUUUGGCUUCUUUGGAGAAUUUGGAAAGCAAGGAAUAAAUUGGUCUUUAACAAAUUCUUGGAAAGUCCCUCAAAAAUAGUCCUACAAGUCGAAGCAGAAAUUCAAGAAUAUAUUAACAGUCUAAAUAAUUCUCAAACAUCAACCAACAUACCACCUAAUCAUCGUUUUGUAGCUGAUAAAUGGGUACGACCCCCUCCUACGGUGUUUAAAUGCAAUUUUGAUGCUGGCUUUGAUGUUGAAACGCAUAAAGCUACUGGCGGUUGGAUCAUCAGAGAUAAUCACGGGAAUCCAAAGGCUUGGGGAUCAUCAAAAUUGACUCAUGUAUCAUCUCCUUUAGAAGCGGAAGCAAAAGCUCUUUUAGUGGCAAUGCAACAGGUAUGGAUACGAGGUCUUAAGGACUUGCAAUUUGAAGGUGACUCUGAAAUCCUGAUCAAUGCAGUCAAUGGAAGGACGAUUCACAGCGAUUUAAUAAAUCUGAUACAGGACAUUGACUACUGGUCUUCAAAGUUUUCUUCUAUUCAGUUUAUGUUCAUUAGACGUUCGGGUAAUAGUGUCGCUCAUAAUCUAGCAAAGUUCAGUUGUUUCCAUGGUGAUUUCUUUUCUAGGUCUGUAGAUCAGCCUUUGUGGCUUAAACGAUUGGUUUGUAAAGACUCUUUCAUUACUUAAUAAAGUAUAACAAAAAAAAAAGUAAACAAACAAAAAAAGCCAAAGUUCUCCGGCAGGUUUCGUCGUCUCUGGUCUUGUAUUAUUUGUUUGAUCUUUCACUUCUUCAAAUUUACAACUUCAGCCCCUUUAAAACUAAAUAUUCUUAAUUUACCCCAUCACUUUUAAAUCGUUGAUCUCGAAGCAGCAGAGUAAAAUAUAAGAAAAUAUACUCAGAGAACAGAAAAAUAAGAAAAUUGUAAGAAAGAUAAUAAAAAGGGAGGCAAACAAGAAGAGCUCACAACAAGAUUCAUGCUUUCAGAUUUCGAACUGGUGAGUCUUAUCUGUAUAAACUUUAAAUUACUUACUGCAAAUCUUCCUUGUUGUUAUAAUCUAAUCGAAUCUACAGUUGUGGUCUGAAUUUUUUGGUGUUUCUAUUUGUCCAUGUCUGUUUUGACUUUGUUGCCGAGAGAAUUUAAUAAAACUAGUAAAGCUAGGCUCGUUUGUCAUGUUUAAUCGAAGCAGAUAAUUGUUGUUCUUCCUCUGUUGGAUGCCAUGGAAGUAGAAAUCUUCUUGGCUUGAUUCUGAGAUUUUGGAAUUUCCUUUCCUACAGUUCUUGUAAUGUUCAAAGAUUACUGUGAUUUUGGAUUUUUUCUACACUUCAUAGUUUGUGAUUUUGAGCUGUGGUGUUUCCUCUUUUGUCUCGUUGGGAUGUUGAGAAAUCAUGGAAACUGCCACAUCUUUUCUGUCCAGAAUUUGCUGAUUCCGUUAGAUAAAAAAGUUGAUUUCGAUUCGGUUUGCAAUGGUUUUAAAAUUACAAUUGUCGGUUCGGUUUAUAUUGGUUAAGAGAAGAAAACAAAAAAAAAGAAAAAGAGUCACGCGAUGGAAAUUUUGGAGAGAAGUGCGUCGAUCAAAAUAGGCAUGAUUCCUAAAGGUAAACCCCUUCAGGAAUUGCUCUCACUCGCGCAACGCGCACUUUGUGCGAGUGGUUGCGAAAUAGAGCCUUCUGAUUGGCUAAAAAAUUCUAAAAAAAGUGAAAUAGUAUACAUGUUGCUAGCUCCUCUUUUAUGUUAUUAUUAUGUUUUUCUUCUGAUUCUCUCAUUUUCAGGCAAAAACACGAAGAGCUCACAAUUAGAUUAGAUUCAUGCUUUCAGAUUUCGACUGGUGAGUGUUAAAAUCUGUAUACACCUUAAAUUAUUGCAAAUAUUCGUUUUUCUUAUCAAAUCUACAGUUCUGGUUUGAAAAUUUUGGUGUUUUUAUGUGUCUGUUUUCACUUUUUUGCCGAGAAAAUUUACUAAAACUAGUAAAACUAAGCUAUAUGAAGCAGUGAAUUGUUCUUCUUCCUUCAUUGGAUGCCAUGGAAGUAGAAAUCUUCAGGAAUUGUUCUUCUUGGUUUGGGAUUUCAAAGUUUAAUCCUUUCCUACACUUCUUGACUCCCAUGCACCUUCAACAACCUCUUCCUCAAAGCUUUUAUCCAGAAACAUCUGUGGAUAGCCAUAGCUCCCCUACUUCUUCAUCUGCUCGAAGCAAGCCUCAUUUACAUUAUACAUGAAAGUCCAAAGGAGAGGAGAUUGCAUGGUAUGCAGAUGGAUCAAUAGCUUAUGCCUAUGAUCGUGUUUUCGGGCAUACCACGACAACACGCCAUGUCUAUGAUGUUGCUGCUCAGCAUGUAGUUAAUGGUGCUAUGGCAGGGAUCAAUGGGACCAUUUUCGCAUACGGAGUGACAAGCAGUGGAAAAACUCACACUAUGCAUUCUUGGGAAAGCAAUAAAGGCUAGUUUCCAACUUCAUCCCAUCCCUUUGAGCAUAUCCCAAUUUUGAGUCCUCCAAGUGAUGCAUUCGCAGAAAGAGAAAGCAUAUCAAGCAUAAAAAUUCUAUCUCAAGAAAAGAAGAUUCAGAAGCUUAAUGAGCUGGACCGAGAUCUAAGGAGGCAGUUGCUGCAAUGCGGAAAUCAAAAUCAGGUUGAAUUGACGGAGCUGGAAACUGAGCUUGAUCAGCUUCUAUUAAGAGGUGUUUAGCUCCAUUUUACAGGUUGAUGCUUUUACUCUCUAAUCCUCCAUAGGCUUCAAGUGUAAAUCCAGAUCUUUGAUCAAUCUAAUACCAUAGCCUCUCUUUCUAAGAAGUAAGAACUACACUUGAAGAUUCUGUACUUUGAAGGAGAAAUCAAAGAAGAGUGGUCCUUUUUGAAGUGCAUCAAGUCUUAGCCAGUGAACAUGGCAUCAGUGACUGAAAGCCAAUGGCUCGAAGGAAGAGUGAAGCUGUUACCUCCGGAGACUGCUUAGUGAUCAUGGCUUUGAGCCUCAGCAGAGCUGGACCUCCACCGGAAAAGACGGUUACUUUAUCUUCUGUUAUGGCGCCUAAGAUGGUGAGUUUAAUCCAAGUUUUACCAGAUAUGGUCGUUGGAGCAAGUUCUGCUAUAUCAUACGAGUCUCGUGCUAUCAAUCUUGGUCAACUAUUACCAUCAAACCCUUUGCUGGAAGUCUAAACAUCAAAGCCAAUAUUCAUUGUUUGAUACAGUUGUUAACACUCAAGAUAAAGAUGAUACACUAAUAUGCAUGUGAUGUGCACAACCC